AUGGCCGAGGGGUACAACCAGCCCGUGGUCAUUGACAAUGGGACCGGGGUGCUGAAGGCUGGGUUUGCUGGCGACGAGCUGCCGUCUGUGGCGUUCUCCAACUACGUGGGGACGCCCAAGCACGUGCGGCUGAUGGCAGGGGCUGUGGAGGGAGAUCACUUUGUGGGAGGGCGGGCGGACGAUCUGCGUGGGCUGCUCAAGGUGCGAUACCCGAUGGAGCAUGGCAUCGUCAACGACUGGGCAGACAUGCAGCGGCUCUGGUCGCACAUCUACAACGAGGAGCUCAAGAUUCACUCGCAGGAGCAUCCUGUGCUUCUCACCGAGUCGCCGCUCAACCCGCGGGCAAACCGGGAGGAGGCAGCAGAGCUGUUCUUUGAGACAUACAACGUUCCGGCCCUGUUUGUGUCGAUGCAGGCCGUGCUCUCGCUGUACGCGUCGGGCAAGACGACCGGCAUGGUCCUGGACUGUGGCGAGGGCGUGACGACGGCCGUGCCUAUCUACGAGGGCUUUGCCAUGCCGCACGCCAUCUCUAGAAUUGACCUGGGAGGGCGCGACAUUACUCGGCAUCUGGUGCGGCUGCUGCGCAAGGCCGGGUACGCCUUCCACACUUCGGCGGAAAUGCUGGCGGUCCGGUCGCUCAAGGAGGCGCUCUGCAAGGUCUCGUACAAUCCCAAGAAGGAGGAGUCGCUCGAGCUCGACCGCGGACACACCCUGCAGUCGUACACCCUGCCCGAUGGCUCGGUCAUGGAGAUCGGGCCGGAGCGGUUCCGCGCGCCCGAGGUGCUGUUCAACCCAGAGUUGAUCGGCUCCGAGUACGAGGGCGUCCACGAGAUUGUUGUCUCGUCCAUCACCAACUGCGACAUGGACCUGAGGAAAACCCUGUACUCGCACAUGGUGCUCGCUGGCGGCUCCACCCUCUUCCGCGGCUUUGGCAACCGCCUGCUCAAGGAGGUCAAGGAGCUCGCUCCUAAGGACGUCAAGAUCCGCAUCGCCGCCCCGCCCGAGCGCGCCUACUCGGCCUGGAUCGGCGGUUCUAUCCUCGCCUCGCUCGCCACCUUUAAGAAGAUGUGGAUCUCGUCCGAGGAGUAUCAGGAGGAGGGCAAGAGCAUUCUCCACCGCAAGUGCCUGUAGUCUGGAUCGCGGUUGUGGUUGCUGCUGCUGCGCAAUGAACGACAACCCGCAACGUGGCUUGAUAUGGUGCCUGGCUGUGGUCUGUUGGGUUUGGUUCUGUUGCGCAACGAGGAACAACUUGCUGCCGUAGCGGCGUGUACUUUC